AUGACUGCAGUAAAUAAUAAAAUGUCUCCUGAAAUUGAACAUAAGCUUUAUGAAUCAAAACAUAGAUUUAUUACUCUUGCUGAAGAGAUCAAAUCAAAUGUUCUAAUUGCUUUAAGUUUGCCAAAUUAUUUGCAAGAGUAUUCUACAAAUUAUGAUUAUACCAAAUAUAAAUCUAUAGUGGACGUCUAUACAAAAAUAGAACAAAAUUCUGAAACAACGUUAAAUGAGCAAAAACAGUUUAACAGUUAUUCUAAUUUCGCUUUUUCAAAUGAAGAUACAAUAUUUGAGAAAAGCCAUUUAUAUAACGAGUUUUACCAUAAUUUUUGUAAAUCAUUAAGAGCCGCAAUCCAAGACGAAGUAUUAGUGAAAAUGUGUAAAAAACGAUGUAAUCAAAAGAUUACAAAACAAGCAAAAGACAUAUCAGAAGCGAUCAAUACAUUUUUAGAGCUAAUUUGUAAUAAAAUAAACUUGAAUUUUAGCGAUGAGCGUAUUCGUGAAAAUGAACUAAUUCUAAAAUAUAAGGAAAAUGAAGCAUUCAAAGUUCAGAUAAAUACUAUACAACAACAAAUUGAUGAGGCCACCGAGGAAUAUAAUAAAGUUAGUUCAGAUGUAACAGAGAAGAUAAACUAUUAUAAAGCUCAAGCGGAAUCUGCUGUUAGAUCACUUAAAUCAAAACGUACCCGAUUCGAAAUGAAUUAUAAAAAUGAUAUGAUACUUUACCUAAAGUAUUUUGAAAAAGAUCUUGAUGAACUAGAAGCAAAACUAGAAGCUAAAAAAUCGCAGUUGAAAUCUUCAGAGGUAAAAAAUGAAAUAGAAAUCGAUCAUUUAAAGAAGGAAGUUGAGAAAAAAGAAAUACUACUACAGAACCAAAAUGUCCGCUAUGGUAAUGAUAUGUUAAAUCGAUAUAAAAAAAAGAAGUAUCUUCAACAAAGUAUUGAAAAGAAACAAAAAUCAUACGAGGAAUUAAAAGAAAAGGUGGCUUGGAGUGAAACGUAUCUUGAACAACUAGAUAAAGAAGAAAAAGCAUAUAAUCAACGAGAAUUUUAUGACAAACUAGAUGCUAUUAAGGAGAAAAUAGCAUUACGAAAAAUAACGAAAUUUUUAACACCAUACAUAAUUGCUAGAUUUGGAGUUAGAAAAAAACAGAAGAGUAGCGCACUAAAGAAAAAGAAGAAACAAAAUAAAUAGUAUAUUAAACGUUGCAAGUAAUAAUUUAGUUAUUGCCAAAAAUGUA